AUGCCUGAUGACCAUGCUCUCUCUUACGUUGACACUGUAAACUCGAAUCUGAUAUGCUCCAUUUGCCAGCUACCGUUCACCCUACCUACAGUGACCAUAACGUGCUCUCACACUUUCUGCCAAAGUUGUAUACGUACUGCGCUUGCAUACCGUGAAGAAUGUCCUGUGGACCGAUCCUCUCUCACACUCAAUGAUCUCCAGCCAGCUAACACUAUCAUUCGAAAUCUUGUUGAUGAACUUCUUGUGCACUGCCCGAACUCAUCACUCGGUUGUACCCACAUAUGUCAAAGGCAGCUAAUGCGAACUCAUUUGACGCACGAUUGUCUUUACGUCGCAACACGGUGCUGCGAGGACGAUUGCAACACCAGGAUACUGCGGAAAGACGCCGACAAGCAUGCCCAGACUUGCCCUCAUCGCAUUGUAACCUGUGACGCUUGCGAAACCCGCAUCAAGUUCACGGACCUCCAGAUUCAUAAUGCUGAGUGUCCUGCUGCGGAGUGGAUAUGCACCUAUUGUCAAACUAUUACAGCACGCUCAGACCGGGAAACACAUUUAUCCAGCUGCGAGCUUGUCACAGUGGAUUGUGAGCAUGCCCAAUACGGCUGCUCAUGGAGGGGGAAACGGAAUGAACUCUCUGCACACAUAACGACAUGUGCCUAUGAAGGCCUGAAGGGCUUUUUCGCAAUGCAUACCUCCCGAGUCCUUAGUCUCGAAGCAGAGAAUGCAGCGUUGCGAAGUCAGCUAGAAGAACUACGAAUAAAUCAAGAUGCAAUGCGUCGUGAUGUUCAAUCCGCGCGAAGCAGUCUGGGACCAUGGCUCAGAUCUGCCGAUUCGCAACCCCCUCCACAGGCUCCUACCCAAAGUCGGCCAGAGCGUGUGAUUCAGCGCCGCCGCAUGUCUGUACCACUCAGUACUGCUUCUUUUGGACAUCCCUUCGAUCCCGUUGAAGACUCCGACACAGGUAUUCGUGUUCACAGCACCACUACCGUCGAUGAACGGAGCUUCCCUUCGGACAAUGAUUGGCCCAGCUCAACGAUUUCCGACUUUAGUCCUAGCCAGAACGACACGACACAUCAACCUCGUCGUGCCCUGUCGCCUGACAUGCCUUACCCUCGCAUCUCAUCAUAUUCUCAUGCGCAGACAUGGGUUGCCCCUAUUGAUUUGACCACUUCGUUGGAGGGGUGUCUAACAUCCCUGCGGAACUCAAUCGUGAAUAUUGCAACUGCGUUGGAUUCCCAGGAGCGAAGGCAAGAUAUUGCGUUAGCGACGGAAACGCUUCGAAUGCAUGAGGAAGUGGCAUCGCUGCGAGCGAUUGUGCAAGGGCUUCGCAUGCAGGUACAUUUCGAUUUAAAACCCCAUUAG